CUGGAAAUCCCAGGUUAUAGGGCUACUGCGUUCUUACAUGAUAUAUGUGUGUUGACGGAAGCAUGGUUUACAGGAAACCGAACGAAGCAAAUAUUGUGAGUAUCGUCUGUAAUAUUAUAGUCCACGAUAGCAUUUUGUAUUGCUGAAUGGUCAUUCAGACCGUGAUUCGGGAAGAAGUUGGUACACGCACCUAGCAUGAUCACAGCCAUGUUACUGCUGACAGCGGCGGUUAACCACACCGAACAACGAACACUGUGGGCCUGCGUCUCUACUGUUUGAACCUCCCCAUUGUUUGAUGUGCUGAUGUCUGAAUUACCCAUGAGGAACUUUCGUUGCUGCUGAACGCGACGAAUUAUUAAUAUUAAAAAAGAUAGAAAUGUCUACUCAAUUUAAGUGUUACCAGGACCUCUGUAAGCAAGGUGCUCAGUAUUGCUCUGAGACCAGAAGACGAUGCUAUUGGUGUGACGACGCAUCCAGUGAAUGCUGGACACAGAACAUGCCAAGCCAGUGCAACGAUUACUGUGAAGAUUUACGACAACAAUUAAUGAACGAAUCAUAUAGGAGAGGUUAUACAGACGGACUUUCAGCUAAUAAAGGACCAGAGUAUCCCUUCAUCAUAUCAACUUCAGCUGUCGUCCUCUUGGUAUUACUAUGUGGAUUCCUUGUUCUGAGAAUUUGGAAGUUAAUGAAAAGAAUCAAGACAUCACGUGCAGAACAUAGAAGCUUUUCGGUUCACGAUCAAGAAACUCCAGAAACAACCCCAUUGACACAGCCAGGCGACGAGGUGAUCGACAUGGACAUCACAGAACCUACAGAUGAUGGCAGUUCAACAAACACACCAGGCCGCCAUGCCAGUGUUGAUUCGGGACUUGAUAAUAGAGACAGCAUGCACUCAUCCAUCACGCCAUGUCCAUGUAAUCGCGAUGGAAAUGCACCGGAAGUAUGCAUUCGUGGCACGGGUCUGAAGCAGCUGCCCCCACGAAAUGACGAUGGUAGUCUGAAAACCGCAAUCCUGUGUGGCUGAAAAUGCUACAAAAAGGAAGUACCUUCAAGAAGUUGGAGUACUUAUUUAGGCUAAGAUAUAGUGAUGAACAACUUACAAUAAGAACCACGUUUCGGUUUAGGUUCAUCACUUGCUUGAUAACGGUGUUAGAACCUACACCGAAACGUCGCUCUUAAUUGUAAUAAAGAAGUUGUUCAUCCAUAUAUCGUAACCCUAUUUACUUACAUAUAGGAAUGCCGUGGGGAUUCGGAAUAGAAUAGGUCCCCAGUACUCCAUGCUUGUCGUACAAGGCGACUAAAAUGGAAUUAAAUUACUAUGGCUGUUGAGCUUGCAUGGAUUCGUGUCAAGUUCAGUAUGGCUGUACUUUGUCGAUCUGCCUUUUGUCAUUCAAUCCAUGCAUGGUAUAUAGAGAAUCUCACCUGAGUGUCUUUUGAUAUCAAAUAUAUCAACACGAGUUGAUAAAAGUGGAAAAAUUCCGAGGCUUGCCGAGGAUUUUUGCCA